AUGUUUCUCUUCUUGCUCCCCAAGGUCCCGCUUAUGUUGCGGGUGGCCAUCCUGCACAUGCUACAUGUCUCGCAGCAGUCAAAGUACCUAGACUUGCGGACUGAGCUCAUCAUUGCGGUCCUGCGGUCCCUAACCAACCCGUCACGUCCUCUGAGCAUAUCAGACACGCAAAAGCUGGCUGGCCAGGCUCCGAAACUCAAGGGGAGGAUUUGGGUUAGCACCUACUCGUGCCCGCCUCCGCCACCAGGGGAGACAGGUCUGCAGGAGGCCAUCGCCAAGGCCAUUGACGGGCUGCGGAACCCCAAGGCGCCCCAGCCCACGUACCAGAUGCCCGAACCGGCGUCCAUCGAGGGCGAGUGGACAGGCUACCGCGCCAGUGCGACCGCCGAGUCCCGGCUGCCCAACGUGUCGGAGAGGGAGCUCUACGCCGAGAUGAUGAGGGAGGUCAAUAGUCCCGUGACGGUGCUCUACUUCCAUGGAGGUGCCUACUAUAUGCUGGACCCUGCCAAUCAUCGUCCGACCACCAAGACGCUGGCCAAGCUGACGGGCGGGAGGGUGUACUCGGUCCGGUACCGCCUCUCGCCGCAACACGCAUUCCCGGCGGCUCUGAUGGACGCCUUGCAGUCCUAUCUCGCCUUGCUCUACCCGCCAGAGGGCGCCUUCCACGAGCCCGUCAAGCCAGAGCACCUUGUCUUUGCCGGCGACAGCGCCGGAGGCAACCUCUCCCUGGCCCUGCUCCAACUGGUCCUCCACCUCAAUAAGCACACCCACCUCAUCCCCUGGCACGGCACCCCCCGGCAAAUCCCCCUGCCCGCCGGCGUGGCCGUCAACUCCCCCUGGCUCGACAUAACGCACUCAUUCCGGUCCUGCACAACCAACGCGCCCUUCGACUACCUCCCCCCCCCCGCCCAGCAACGCGCCGCCGAAGCCCACCGGCCCGCAUGCCCCAUCUGGCCCGCCACUCCGCCGCGCAAGCACCUGUACGCGCCUGACUCCCUGCUCGCGCACCCGCUCGUCAGUCUGGUCCUCGCCCGGUCCUGGCGGGGCGCACCGCCCGUGUACAUGUGCACCGGCUGGGAGCUGCUGGCGGACGAGGACAAGUUUGUGGCGCACAAGAUGUGGCGGGAAGGGGUGAAAGUGUUGCUCGAGGAGUUUGAGGCCAUGCCGCACUGUUUUGCGCUCGUCAUGCCGCAGCUCAGGGAGGCAAGGCGGUGCUUGGAGGGGUGGGCUGGGUUUAUCAAGGGGGUUGUUGAGGGCGGUGCUGGUGGUUGUGGUGUGGGGGAGAGUCGGUUUGUGACGGUUCGGGCGAAGUCGUUGGAGGAGGUGGUGGGGAAUAUUGGGGAGGUGUGGAAGGAGGGGGAGGAGGUGGUUGAGGAACGGGUAUGGAGGAUGGUCACGGAGCGGGGAAUCACUGAGGAAGGAAUUGCGAAGUUGUGAUAUUGCUUGCUUACUGCACAAUACACACGGCCAAGGUACAAUACUUCGGAAGCUCGGAAUAGAGCCGAGGACGCGGUUAUGAGAUGGAGCAGGAGGUGUGAACAUUAUAAGAAGAUGGUCAGCGUGACCUAGGUGGUAGCUACCACAUUUGGUUAAGUUGUUACUGUGCACGCUGAAUAUUUCGUAUGUGCUCCUCAAUGGAGCUGAGUGAGUGUAGAGCUCAGAGGAAU